AUGAGCAACAGCAUCCACCUCGUCAACGUCUUCACCUCAGACAGUAGUGAAGGCGGAAACCUCGCGCCAAUAGUUCUCCAUGCCGAGGGUUGGACAGACGAGGAGAUGCGCGAUGUGGCGCACCAGCACCAGCGAGAAAGUGCGUUUGUACUGCCGCCACCAUCAAAAGAUGGAUCCGGCGCGGAUUUCGAGCUGCGGUUCUUUGUACCGGAACACGAAAUGGAAAUGUGUGGCCACGCUACCGUGGGAACGGCUUGGGUGAUGCAUGAGCUUGGGAUCUCCCAGACGCCGGAGAUUAGGUUCAUGACAAAGUCCGGCCUGGUGCGCACCAUUCGCCGCGUGGAGGAAGGGGGAGACGACCGGUCCACUACGCAAAAUGUCAAGGUAUUUGUGUCUCAGCCCAAGGGGAGGGUCGAGGACGUGACGGACGGCGCAUUAAUCGGGGAAAUCCUCUCCGUGCUCGGUAUAGAUCAGGCGCAACUGCAACCAACGCCCCGCGCGGUCCAGAAUGCUUGCACAAGCCGGGUGAAGACGGCGAUUGCGUUGCGCGACGCGGAUGUGCUGAAUGGUCUUCGCCCUGAUUUCUCACGCGUCAGGGAUUUGUGUGAUCGGUUGGGGUCGACGGGCCUCUAUCCCUACGCGGUGGUACAGGGUGGAAACAGCUGGGACAACAGUAGCAGCUCUGUCCAGGCCGAGGCACGGCAGUUCCCAAAGGCUUCGGGGUAUCCUGAAGACGCGGCCACAGGGAUCGCAGCAGCGGCGUUGUCGUAUGUUCUGGCAGCCCAUGGAGUGCUGCCCGUGGGGCAGGAGGCGGUGGUGUAUCAGGGACGAGCGAUGGGAUAUCCGUCGCAGAUCAACGUAUUGCUUGAGGAGGAUGGGUGUUGGGUUGGUGGGACAUGUGCAUGGGCGCAUCAGUCCAGCUGA